UUGAUUUUCCCUCCCUUUUCUCCCUCACCACACUUUUUGACUUCCACAUAUCUCUACGACUCUACCGUUCUCUCUCGCAGGUGCGUGUGAUGAUCGAAACCCAUCCCCCAUUUCUCUCGAUUUAACGUAUACACAUCAAUUACGUGCGAAUAGGGGGAUUUAUACUAUCAAGUUGCAAUUUUUUGGGGGUUUCUGAGAGUAAUUAUCAGCCCAAUCAGAGAGCUUGUUAUAUGCAAUUGCUCUCCUAAUUUUUCGAUUUAGGUUAAGAGCUUGAUUUCUUUCUCUUUGGACCCCGGUGUUUGAAUUUCGUUGAGCUCUGGGGUUCGCUGCUCUCUUUCACAUUCGUAUUUAGUUUGUUUGUUUGUUUUAAUUCGUUGCAAGAUCUAUGGAUAGUGAAUUGGUGAAAAGGGGUUUUGAUUUCACUAAAAGGAGGAAGAAAUGGUUGAUUGUAACGGGAUUGAUUGGGGUUUCGAGCUACGGUGUGUAUAGGGUGUAUCACAUGCCGUCUGUAGCUAGAAAGAGGAAAAGAAUCUUGAAGCUGUUAGGAUCCCUUGUUUCAAUGGCUGAAAUGGUUUCUGAUUCAGCUGAGAUGAUGACAGUUGUGUCUAGGGAUUUAAAGGAGUUUUUGGAGUCUGAUUCGGACAAGAUUCCUAAUAGUUUGAAGCAGUUGUCGAAGAUUGCUCGCUCUGCAGAGUUUUCUGAGUCAGUAGCUCGUCUUUGCCAGUCGAUGACAGUGGGCGUUUUGAGGGGUUAUAGGGUAGAGAAUAGUGUGAGCGACGUCCAAGAAGAUGGAGAUUCGAGCUUUUCUGAUAGGCUUGUCGAAAAGGUGAUGUCGGAUGCUGGGAAAGGAUUUGUCUCGGUUGUUGUAGGUAGCUUUGCUAGGAAUUUGGUGUUGGGAUUUUAUGCUAAUGCUGAGAAUGGGCAUGAGAAGUCAAGUUCCUCGUCGUUGCCUAUGUGGUUAAGUGUGGUGACAGAUGAUAAAUGCAGAGUGUUGGUUGCUGAUUGCAUCAACACUUUUGUUAGCACUGCUGUUACAGUUUAUCUCGACAAAACUAUGGAUGUCAAUGUUUACGAUGAGAUGUUCUCGGGCUUGACUAAUCCCAAGCAUCAUAAUAAGAUGACCGAGUUUUUAGUUUCUCUCUGUAAUGGUGCUGUAGAAACUCUUGUAAAGACCUCUCACCAAGUGCUGACAGCUUCUCCCAAGAAGGGAACGAGCGCCUCUUGUUCAAUCACUGAUCCCAGUGAAGCUUCAAGCUUCGAAACUCAUCCCAGAAGGGAUGAAAAUGGUUAUGUUGGUAACGGAUGGGUCAGCAGUGUUUCAUCGACACUGGCUGUGCCGAGCAAUAGGAAGUUUGUGCUUGAUGUCACCGGGAGAGUGACAUUUGAGACUGUGCGAUCUGUCAUUGAGUUUUUCUUGUGGAAAGUGUCAGAGGGCUUGAAGAGAAGUGCGGGUGUGGUUCGUGAGGAGGUUGUGGAGAGGGGAUACGAAGUUGUGAGAUACGUUGGUGCCAAAUCAACCAUGAUUCUCACCAUUUGCCUCUCACUGUUUCUGCAUAUCCUAGGCAACAGUAGGGCUUUGGUGCCUGCUUAAUGUGACCGCGUUCUUGAUUUCAUAACGCGAUCAUCUUGCUCUGCAGAUGCGGCCGUCUGCCUCAGCGUCUCGGGAAGUUGGGAAACUUCUUGUUUUCCAUAAUGGCUGUGUGAGAAGGCAAUUCCAUAUACAAGUUGUAGGAGUAUGUUUUAUGAAUUCAUUCAUCUAUUGUGUACAUUGUAGAAUCUAUUUACAUUUUGAAGUGCCUUAUACUGUUAGUGGACAUGAAUUUGUACAGAAUAUUUGAUGACCACUUAUACUAAAUUCUCUAAAUAUGUUGAACAUUUAUCUA